AUGGUUAGGUUGCAGAGGGAGGAUGGUGAGUUGGGGCAAUUGUUCCAGCUGCUAAUGAAGCCACUAGAGGAGCGUGGGGAAGUAAGAAACUACCCUGAGCUGCAGAAAUUUGUAAGAGUAUGGGAUCAGCUUCAGAUACAGGAUCAGUUAUUGGUGCAAGUCCCUCCACGAAAUUCUGAUGCAGCUGAUAAAGUACAGGUGGUACUUCCAAAGUGUCUGGUUCCGAAAGUGUUAGCCAUGUUGCAUAAUGUAGUUACAGGUGGCCAUUUGGGGGUGCAAAAACUACAAGGAAAAGUUAAAGAUCGGUUUUAUUGGCCAGGGUGGUUUGCCGAUGUGAGGAGGUGGUGUAGUGAGUGUUCGGAUUGUGGGUCACGGAAGCUUUUAGCUCGAACCCCACAGGCUCCGAUGCAUCCUUCUGUCACGUCUCGUCCUUAUGAGCAUGUGGCUUUGGAUAUUUUGGGUCCACUUUCUGAAACCAUUGAUAAAAAUCUUUAUAUUUUGGUUGUGGGAGACUAUUUUUCUAAGUGGACAGAAGCUUUUGCUUUGCCAAAUCAGGAAGCACGAUCAGUUGCUAAAGUUUUAGUAGAGGAGUGGGUUUGCCGUUAUGGUGUCCCUCGUAGCCUUCAUUCUGAUCAAGGCAGAAAUUUUGAAUCUACUCUGUUUCAGGAACUUUGCAGAUUAUUGGAGAUAAAUAAAACGCGUACUUCCCCCUAUCACCCUCAGUCAGAUGGGCUCAUUGAGCGUUUUAAUAGGACCUUGCUGUCUAUGCUGUCCAUUUUUGUGGAUAAGAAUCAACAAAAUUGUGAUUCGUUAUUACCUUAUGUGAUGAUGGCGUAUCGUAGUAGCGUCCAUGCCACUACUGGCUUUACCCCUCAUAAAGUUGUGUUUGGGAGGGAGAUGGUAUUACCGGUGGAUAUUAUGUUGAAUGUGAACUUGGAAGAGGCUUUUGUGUCUCCAAGUGAAUAUGUGCAACGUAUGGCAGAGAUUUUGUCCACUGUUGUUGGGGCAGUGCAGCAACAUCAGUUACAGGCUUCUGCUCAGCAGGCCCAGUUACAGUCAGUUGAUGGUGGGCCUACUAUGGUCAUUCAUUACAAUCGGUUAAAACCAUAUGUUUCUGAAUUUGUUUCAGAGAAGCGGGAGGGAAACGAUGAGACAGUGCAACCACCACUGCAGCGGUUAGUCGACCCAUCGACCCCUCAACGGGUGCCACCUGUCGUGGCGGAGAGACCACCAUCUGCAGAGGGGCGAUCCUGCUUUGGGGGAACAAAGGAGGGAAAUCUUCAACAUGGUUCAUCAUUGCCGCCAGCGCGGUCAAGGUUGGAGUAUAGCCCGGGGCUGACGGUUGAGCCAUUGUAUGAUGGGGGAGGCCCUGCGCAGAUCAUCACAACUCCUUCUGCCGAGGUGGUAGGACCUCCACGACAGAGGAAGUUACCGGUUUGGACUAAGGAUUACCACCUUGACUCGAGGACGAGUUCUUCUGGAUUAGAGGGGGAAUAG